AUGGCUGAGAGUCUUCGCCUCCUCCAGGCCCAUGAACACCACAAACCCAGAACAGAGACUCCCUCGCAAGAACAACAGAUGGACACUCAAGAAGAUCAAAGGUCCGAGAUAUAUCACUCACUGGAAGAUGCGGUGCCCAUUCCAGACGGACCCGCGGUACCGGCCACUUCAACCUCUCUUCAAAUUCAAAACAUAAACUACGAUGCAUCCAACGCCACAGUCACUGGCCAGGUCUGCAGUAAUUGCAAGACAACUCAAACGCCGUUAUGGCGCCGAUCACCUUCUGGGGAGACGGUAUGCAACGCCUGUGGUCUGUAUAUGAAGGCACGAAACCAGUCACGUCCAGUGAAUCUGAAGCGCAAUACGUCAACUCAAAUCUUGCCGACACAGCAAAGCCCAACGCCAGGCCCCGGUGAUGGCAGCAAUCAGAUGGCAGCGGGAACAUGUCCUGGAGGGGGAAGAUGCAAUGGCACUGGUGGUCAACAAGGUUGUAGUGGGUGUCCUGCCUUCAACAAUCGCGUUUCCAAGACAGCAAAGUUUGCCUUGGCACAGGCGAAUGCGGCUGAAGGCAAGAAUGUAAUUGAUGCGACUGGUACCUCUGCGGCUUCCACCAGUGCGAUUCCGGCUUGUCAAAAUUGCGGUACCACAAUUACGCCACUCUGGCGACGAGAUGAUGCUGGUCAUAUAAUAUGUAACGCUUGUGGACUAUACUACAAGCUUCAUGGCACCCAUCGCCCCGUCGCUAUGAAGAAGCAGGAAAUCAAGCGUCGAAAACGAGUAGUGCCAGCCGGUGACACAGGCUCCCAUGCUGCCUCCUCCGUCGCCAACUACUCGCCGCCACAGCGACCUUCUCAGACUCCUGCAUUCGAGCACUCUGCAUCACCGGAUCCAUCGACUGCACUCGAAUCUCGAGAAGAGUACACCCCUGAACCGCCCAGAGGCCCGAUAGCUGUCGACUUUACGCACUACUAUGGCAACCUAUCUACGACCUCAAAUCCAUCGUCCCUAAUACCAAACACGCAACCGAGUGCUCCCUCGCCCAGAAAACGUAGUCGCAGUGCCACCAUGGACCCGGAGGAGCCCGUGAACCCUGCACCCCACCGUCCAAACGCUAUCUCGUCGAUUUUGAACCCGUCGCAAGGAGAGGCGGAAGCUAACAUUGAUCCAUCUCUCUCUGUACCUCUCCGCCCAAGUGGGGGUCCAUCGCCUAGUCAUGGGAUGUCGCCAGAAGAGAAAGCGGCGAGGAGGGAACGGUUGAAGCGAGAAGCAGAUGCCAUGAGACAAGAAUUAGAAAGGCGGCAAAAAGAGUUGGACGAGUUAGAGAACGAUUGA